CAAUCCCGCCCUCCACUGGGCUACCGACCACCCCCGUCGUCCCGCGCGACAUCGACAGAACGAACCGCCCGAAACGCCCUGGCAUCGCGACAAUUCCCACCGAUAGCCACAACCACGAUCCCCGACGACGAUUUUCACAAUGGCGCAGCCGGAUUCGGUCCAGGCAAACGGCAUCCCUGGACCGGACCAUGCUGAGUCCCCCCAACCUGUCGUCCCUGUGAAGAGGAAGCGCGACACCGAGGAUGAGGGCGACGAAGUUAACGGCGAUGGACCCGAGAAGAUGGAAGUCGACGCUGAAGUCCCAAAGGAGGAUCAUAAACCCCUCAUUAAGAACUAUUUCGCUGUUCUUAGCAGCUUCGAUGCAAACCCAUCAAUUCUGAAGCGUCGCCUUCCCGAACCCGAUGCGGAACAGCCCGACGCGAAACGCCAAAAGUCCGCCGAUAGCCCUGCCACCAUCGCCGACAAGGUCAGCCACGACUCGUACUCGCAUGUCGACGAACUCGCGGCCGACGUCGUCGAAGCCGUCAAAGAUCAACUUCAAGAACUUCAAUCGGCCAAGGUUGAGAAGGACAAGGAGGUCAUUGAUGGCGGCGCUGUGGUGCAGACCAUGGAGUUCCAGCAGAAGGCAAUGGACCUCCUUCGAAGGGAGAUAUCGUACCCACGCAGCGCUGUGAACGUCAGCAACGUCAAACCAGUCCCAGAAGUCACUCCAGGUAACGCUGUCUUGACAGUUGUUGGCCUCGGCCCUCAUGGCAAGCAGCUCUUCUCAAGUCUGCCCAAGAAGGUCCCAGGACAAGAGAGCUCCGCUGCAAAGGCAUCGUCAUUGGAACUUCCUUUGGGCAUAUCGAAAACCUACAUUGUUCCUUCUCGCCAGAGCGAAAGAUCAGCCACUCUUGGGGAGCUGUUUUCCUCGAGCAGACCCCUCCCUCCACUGCAGCCGCCCAAGCAACCGAAGCAGCUGGUCAAGGGAAAUGUCCUCGGUUUUUACCAUCCCGAGCCGGCGCAAAAGUCCAAGUACUACAACGAAUCUUAUUCUAGCAAAAAGGUCGCCGUCGGCUGCUACUUGGACUACACCAAUGCGGCACCCUCGUCCAAGAGCAAGACCAGACAGCGCGAACGCGCUCAAAGUCUUGCAGGCCACCGACCCUCGUCUACCGAAAUUGAAGUGAACGAAAUGGAGUCGUUGUUUCGCAGCGCGUUCUCCAGCUUCGCGCCCUGCAGAGAUGAUUCCGGCUCUGUCGUUCCGUCCAGCCAUGCUGGUCGCAUGUACUGGCAGCUUACUGGACAGCGAAACUUCAACCGCCUCAUUGAGUCGGAGUUGCAGGAAGUCGAUGAUGACGAUGACAUGCUCGAGAACCACGUUGGAGACAAGGUGGUCGAGACCGGAGACGUGGACGAGGAGUUCGUCAAUGAGGCGAUUGAGAAGUGGGAUGAAUGGCUGGUGGACCCGGCGCUGGAAGACAUGAACGAUGUCCUGUCGAAACCCAAGGAUAAGGACCCCGCCGACAAGGAGGUUGACGAAUUCCUGGAUGAAGUCACUGACAUGAUUGAGACCUUGCUGUCGUAUCAGCGCAUCCGCAACCUCACCUUGCCAUCAUCACAGAAUCGUUAUGCAGGCGAUCCCGUCAAUGGCGACUUGCUUUCUCACGGUGCUGUCUCGGCACCAACGGAAGAGGAGACUAUGACGUACGAAGCACUGAGGGCUCAGCUCAGUCUGAUUGUCGGCGCUCUUCCUCCCUACGCUGUGGCUAAACUCAACGGUGACCAACUUGAGGAGCUUCUCAUCAGCACCAAGCUCGAGGUCCGCACAGAUCAGUACAAGGGUGUCAUGGAGGACGAUGCCGCAACGCAAGCCCGGAUGCGUCAACAGCAGAGUGCCGCCGCUUCUGCUCCCACGAACCGGCCUGCCCCUCACCGGACACCUAGUGCAUCCACUCCCUAUAACGGCCAGUACGCGGCGGGGCAGUACGGAACCCCCACCCGAACGCCUUCACUCGCGCCGUCCAACUACUACCGAUCGGGCCAGCAACCCGCCAUGCCCCCGCAACAAGGUUCCGUUCCUCGUCCGGGCGGCGUACCCCACCAGAUGCCUCAUGCACAGCAGCCCCGUCCCGGUCAACCGGGCAAUUACCGGGCCACCAAUGGAUACACCAACUACGCGCAGCACGUCGGAAAGGCACAAACACCGUAUGGCCACCAGGGUGUUCAGUAUGGCUCUCAACAGCGACCUCCACAGUACUCCGGGUAUGCAGGCACGCCUUCACACGGCACGCCCAAUGCUCGCUUCCAGCAGCCCUACCAGCAGUCUUUCCCGCAACAGCCGAGCACGCCGUCCCAGGGCUACGCAGGUUACUACGCUAAUGGUGCUAACAACAUGCAACCGCGGAACAUGUCGCCUCAAGUACCAGCUGGUCAAUACAAUUCGCCAACUCCACACCAGCAGCAGCAACGGUACUAUGGAUCCACUCCCCACCAGAACGUGCCUGGCACCCCUCCGAUCAACCGUCAGCAUUAUCCGAAUGCCGUUGCAAGGACAGACCAGCAGCGCCUCCACGCCGAGCAAGCGAGAUAUAGAGCCGCUGCACAGCAAACGAGCGCAGCUUUCGGGACCAAGAUCCAGGGCACACAUGAAGGCAACAACAUGACCCCAGCUCCCGUCGACGACCCCAACGGCCAAGGGUCUCCCUACAAUGCCAACAUGCGAGCGCGUAUGGCCGCAGGUGGUACCCCGAAGCCGCAGAGCCCUGUCGGUAGUGUAGGAAAGCCCAACGGAACUCCGCCAAUCCCACACAAAGUGACGCCGGUACCCAUUCCGGUUAUACCUCAACAGCAGCAAAGGAAGCCAAACUAGCAAUAUGGUAAACCUCAACUGCCUUCGCAGGGUCCACCCCCGCCGCCGCGGGUUCCAGUGUCCAGGCGACCUUCGGGAGAGGCCACAGCACGAAACGGUCGUCAGAAGACGACGCCCUAUGCCGCGCCUUCGUCUCAAGCGGUGCAACAUCCACCGCGGCCCGGAUCAGCACAAAAGUGAUACCUACGACCUCCAUCUCAGUCGGCCGUGGUGUAUCUUGCGUCAACAAAAUGCCGAUUUCCAUUUACUCUACGGUGUCUGAAUAGCCAGG